UUUUAAUUUAUUAAUCAUCAUUGUUCUACUUUAUCCAUUGCAUUGUACGUUGUUGCAUACACUUUCGUUUUCUUGAUAUUGAAGCUGAAGUUUUAAAUUGUAAAUAUCAUUUUAAAAGUUCACCCACUACAAAUUUGGUGCCGCCAAAAAAAAUUUUCGCGUACUUGUCAAUGGAUUCAGAGCCAAAGCUUCUUUUGUUACCGCGCUGGUGACAACGCAGAAUUAUUUACUUACUUCUAACAAGAAGUUUUUAUGAAUGAUCAAACCGAAGAGUAUUGAGGGAGAAAAAAUCAGUUUAAUAUUACUGGAUCGUUGACGAGAUUAGAAGUGUGAUGUACUGAAGACAAAAUUGAGUUUAAAAAAUUCGCAGUAAAGACAGCACUUCGUGCGUAAAACUGUUGCCGGUAUUUCAGAAGUGUUUGCUGAAAAAGGAAGUAUAAUGGUCAUGGAUACGGAUUCUGAGGGAAAGUACUUAUCUAACAACUGAUUGAGACGUCAAAAAGAAACCUUCCCAUCUGCAGUAUGAGAUUUCAAACAAUUGUUCUGUAAAAUAAGCAUCAAAAAGUUACACUGUUUACGUAUGCAGAAAUCACUGGGAAGGAAAAAAUUAUGCCGACGAAUGUGUGGAAAAAAUCGUGGAUUCGCCAAAUCAAUCGUGAGGAAAUAUCGUUAUAGCAAAUGGUGAAACUCUGGACACGGGUUUGGAUAAAGAAUAUGAUGUUACCGACCAUCAAGAAGUUGCCAUUCAGAAGGAUUCUUCGAAUAAUACUUGCUAGGUGAAAUCCAUUAUUGUACAGCCUGCCAAAUGCAAUAUGCCAGAAGCUACGAAGACUUUGGAAAAUGGAGCAAGUGAGAUCGCUCAUGAUUAUUUUACUGAUGCUAUCGAUUAUGAGGUUGAUGACAUCUUUAUGGACACGAUUGAUGGCAACACUGAAACGAAAAAUGAAGAAGACGAAGUUGAAAAUUUACAGAAAAAAGGUUUUACAUCACUCGAAGAUGCAAUAGACAACGAAGUUUUUAGAAAACCUAUUAAUGUGCCGGUCAACAAAACUGUAGGAGAAGUAGUAAUCAUGAUCUUGAAGUUUGUUCUAGUGCACGCGCUUUCAUUAACUGAGGCUACUGAUUUAUUUUUCAUGAUUAAUUGUAUUUUUGCAGAAUCUUUUCUACCAAACACUCGAUAUUUACUUAACAAAUUAUUUUAUCCGAAAUGUUGUAUGCAACUCCACGGAAUUUGUUCUAAAUGCGGUGCAUAUAUACGUAAAUUGAAUCGGAAGGAUCGUCUUGUAAAAUGUAAAAUAUGUAUGACUACAGUCAAUGUCAAAGAUAAAGCGUAUACGGACAUUUUUGUAAUGAUGGAUAUUGCAUCUCCGAUUUCUAGAUUAAUAGAGUCAAAUAGUGCUUAUUACAAUUACAUUGUAAAUGAAAGAGUUUUUGAAAAAGGAUACAUACGUGAUGUUUACGAUGGUAAAAAGUAUCAGGAAUUCGUAUCAAAAUUAAGUGAAGCUGACAGACAUAAUUAUGCUACUUACUCCAUUUAGCCUAUUUUUCUAAUGCUAAAUAAUGUAUCACUCAAUGUAAGAACCAAAGAAUUGAUUCUAGCAGGUCUUUGGUUCGGAAAAGAUAAACCUAACAUGAAUGUAUUCCUCGAGCCAUUUGUUGAACAAAUGAAGGAACUUUCGAGCGAGGGAGUUCAGUGCAUCAUAAAACUUGUGCAGAUUUGCAUUAAAGUCUUUACUUUAAUCUGCUCUGUCGACUCUGUCGCUCGUGCACCACUGCAAGGAUUUGCUCAAUUUAAUGGCUCAUACGGCUGCGGCCUCUGUCUUCACCCCGGUGAGUGGAUUCGCAAUAACUUUAAGAACCCACGAUCUGGAAAUAUUAAGUAUCCUUUGAUGAAUGAAAUUCCAAAAGAGAGAAAUGUUCAGAAUACCAUAGAAUACAUUAAGAAAGCUGUUACUUCAAAAAAGCCUGUUUUCGAAAUUAAAUGUCCAUCACAAUUGAUAAAUCUAAUGCAUUAUGACAUUAUUAAGGUUUAUGUCGUAGAAUCCUUGCACUGUGCCUCCAGAGUUGCUAAACAAUUUGCCGCUACCUGGUUUGGCAAUAAAAAGAAAGCCGGGCUUUUUUCUAGAUCAAUUAUCUUUGCAAUCGAUAAAUUUAUUACUGACAUCAAAGCACCUCACCAGAUUAUUAGAGUAACUCGGACGUUUUCAGAAAAAGAGUUUUGGAAAGCUCGUGAAUGGGAGAAUUGGACUCUUUUUUACAUAUUGCCAAGCCACCUUUUGGUGCACUGGGCUUUGUUUGUCGAGGCUGUUUAUAUAUUAACAAAAUAAGAAAUAAAAAUUGAUGAACUUGAUCUAGCUGAUACACUAUUAUCCGAAUUCGUUGCUCGUACCGAAAUUCUGUACUCUAAGACGUCAAUGACGUUUAAUGUGCACUUAAUUGGACAAUUAACGAAAAGUGUUCUUGAUUGGGUGUACAUCACCAAAUAUGUCGGCAAAUUAGUAUGAAGUACAGUUUUCUAAUUUUAAAAGAUCAUGUGUAGAGUUCAUUGCCUGUUUUUGAUAAUCGAGCGAAAGUUUCGGAUAGGAAUUCAUUUCGAAUCAUUCCGAAAUCUGUAUCCGAACCAACCCGAAUCAAUCGGAAACAAUCCGAAAAAAGUUCUACAUUUUGUUCGAUCCAAAUCAGUUGAAAAUUAAUCCGACCCAAUCCGAACUUCCAAUCCGAACCAAAUUUUCAAUCCAAAUAAAUCCGAAUGAAUCCGAACUCGGAUUGAUACAUACUGAAUUUUCAACCUGAAUGAAUCCGAGUUCGGAUUGAAUUGGAUUUAUUCGGAUUGAAAAUCGGUUUGGAUCAAUCCGAGUUCGGAUUUAUUAUGAUUGAAAAUUUGGUUCGGACUGAUUCGGAUUGGAAGUUUGGAUUAAACCGGAUUGAGUCGGAUUAAUUUUUAACCGAUUUGGAUCGAACGAAAUUGAUAACUUUUUUCGGAUUGGUUCAGAAAGAUUCGGAUUGGUUCGGAUACAGUUUGCGAAAUGAUUCGGAUUGUUUCGGAAUGAAUUCCUAUCUAAGACUUUCGCCAGGGGUCUUAAGGACAUCGCUAAAACAUUUUUAAGACGCCCUAUUCAUGUCUUUACGAUGUUAUAAAGAUCUAUUAAAAUUUUGUGCUCACUAGUAUAAUAUUUAAGGUUUAAAUGUUUUUGUUUUGCAUAAAAUGAUUUAUGUAUAAAAUAU